UCUCUUGUGAAGUUGAAUUUGGGAGUUUGUCAAUCCUUGGAGGCACUUCCAGAAAGCAUCGGCAAUUUGAACUCUCUUGUGAAGUUGGAUUUGAGAGUUUGUAAAUCCAUGAAGGCAUUUCCAGAGAGCAUUGGCAAUUUGAACUCUCUUGUGAAGUUGAAUUUGUAUGGAUGUCGAUCCUUGGAGGCACUUCAAGAGAGUAUCGGCAAUUUGAAUUCUCUUGUGGAGUUGAAUUUGUCUGCAUGUGUAUCCUUGAAGAAGGCACUUCCAGAGAGCAUCGGCAAUUUGAAUUCAUUUGUGCAGUUGAGAUUGUAUGGAUGUGGAUCCUUGAAUGCACUUCUAGAGAGCAUCGGUAAUUUGAACUCUCUUGUGAAGUUGAAUUUGAGAGAUUGUCAAUCCUUGGAGGCACUUCCAAAGAGCAUCGGCAAUUUGAACUCUCUUGUGGACUUGGAUUUGUGUAGAUGUCGAUCCUUGCAGGCACUUCCAGAGAGCAUCGGCAAUUUGAACUCUCUUGUGGAGUUGAAUUUGUAUGGAUGUCGAUCCUUGGAGGCACUUCAAGAGAGUAUCGGUAAUUUGAAUUCUCUUGUGGAGUUGAAUUUGUCUGCAUGUGUAUCCUUGAAGGCACUUCCAGAUAGCAUCGGCAAUUUGAACUCUCUUGAGGACUUCGAUUUGUAUACAUGUGGAUCCUUGAAGGCACUUCCAGAAAGCAUCGGCAAUUUGAACUCUCUUGUGAAGUUGAAUUCGGGAGAUUGUCAAUCCUUGGAGGCACUUCCAAAGAGCAUCGGCAAUUUGAACUCUCUUGUGGACUUGGAUUUGUUUAGAUGUCGAUCCUUGAAGGCACUUCCAGAGAGCAUCGGCAAUUUGAAUUCAUUUGUGCAGUUGAGAUUGUAUGGAUGUGGAUCCUUGAAGGCACUUCCAGAAAGCAUCGGCAAUUUGAACUCUCUUGUGAAGUUGAAUUUGGGAGAUUGUCAAUCCUUGGAGGCACUUCCAAAGAGCAUCGACAAUUUGAACUCUCUUGUGGACUUGGAUUUGUUUAGAUGUCGAUCCUUGAAGGCACUUCCAAAGAGCAUCGGCAAUUUGAACUCUCUUGUGAAGUUGAAUUUGUGUGGAUGUCGAUCCUUGGAGGCACUUCCAGAGAGCAUCGGCAAUUUGAACUCUCUUGUGGAGUUGAAUUUGUCUGCAUGUGUAUCCUUGAAGGCACUUCCAGAUAGCAUCGGCAAUUUGAACUCUCUUGUGGACUUCGAUUUGUAUACAUGUUGAUCCUUGAAUGCACUUCCAAAGAGCAUCGGCAAUUUGAA